AUGUCGUUCCAGGCGAUGCGUCGCGCGCUGAUACGCGCCGCCGAGGUCUCGGUGCGCGGCGGUCCGCCGGUGGGAACCGUCGCGACGGGUCGCGGUCGAUGGACCGCCGCGCGGAUCCACGAGGUGGAGCGAUCCUACGCAUCACCGUUCGCGCGCUCGGCGCGAAGGCGCGUCCACACCGACGAUCCUUACACCCCCGCGCAUCGCGCGAAAGCCGUCGCGAUGGCCGGGCCGCUCGGCCUGGUGGCGGGGAUGUUCGGCUCCGUCGUGGGCGUGGGCGGAGGCGUGCUCAUCGUCCCGGCGAUCACCAGCGCGGUGCCCAUCCCCCAGCGCGUCGUCACCGGUACCUCCCUCAUCGCGGUCCUGUCCACCGCGGGCGUCGCCACGUACAACUUCUCGCACGCCGGUCUCGUCGAUCCCACCGCCGCGGCCAUCCUGGGCGGCUCCGCCAUGCUCAGCGCGCCCUUCGGAGCGAGACUCACCACCAGAUUGGACUGCGUGCAGCUGCGGAGGAUCCUCGCGUACUUUUUGCUCUGCGCCGCGCCGCUCGUGCCGCUCAAGGCGGCCGUGUUUCACUACCGAGGCGACGGGACAGAAGGCGGCGACGGCGAACAAGGCGGCGGGACGAACGGGGACGGUCACUGGACGGACGGCGGCGGCGGCGGGAUUCGAUCCGGCGACCUCACGAAGGGCGAAGAAGACGCGGCGUCGCCUCCGUCGGCGUCGGUUGUUCAAAAAUUUGACGCCGUCGAAGCCGCGCCGAAGCUCGCCGCCAUCGGCGUGACCGCCGGCCUCGCGUCCGGUCUCCUCGGCAUAGGCGGCGGCACGAUCGUCACGCCGCUCCUCGCGCUCGUGUCGCCGCUGCCGCAGGCGGCGGUGUUGGGAACCAGCCUGCUCGCGAUGCUCCCGCCCUCUGCGGUGGCGCUCUUACAGCAUCGCGCGCUGGGAAACGUGGACUUCAGGAUGGGCGCCGCGCUCGCGGCGGGGACCGCGCUGGGGGGCGCGGUGGGCAGCGGGAUGGCGGUCGACGCGCCGAGGGGAGCGCUGGAGGCGGUGUUCUUCUGCGGGAUGCUGUUCCUGAGCAGGCGAACCUUCGCGACCAUCCGGCCGAAGGCGAAGAAUUGA